CGUAUUAAUUUUUCGUGAUCGGCGCUAGAGGAAGCAUCGAUCGUUGCGAUUGAUCGAAUGCGAGAGUUUUUACCUUUAGUAACACUUUGAGGUACUUGUAUAGAUUGUCUUUGUCGCCGACUCCCCGCAAAUAUGACUAACAAAAAUGAGCGAACGCGUCACUACUCACAUUAUUAGUCCGAUUCUAUUCCAAGAAUGAGUGAAAUGUGACGAUGUCGUUCGGGAUCCAAGCAGUCUGUGGACGAUUGUCGCGAAUAUAGCAGGUCGGGUUCAGGUCGCGAUAUUGUUUUAGAACAAUACCUACAUUAGUUUAGAUCGUAGAGUGUUGGUGCGUGGAGUUGAUUUAAUAACAAUAAAAAAUAAAGAGGAACGCUGUGAAUUUGUUUUAAAUUCAUUACUGCUCGUAAAAGUGCUUUAGUAUUGUUUAUGAAGUGAAAGGAAUAACAAUUGUUUUUAUAUUAGCUACUUGCGAAGAGGAUUCUACACCUGAGAGUACCUUUUUGUUUGGAAAAUAAAAGGAAUACAACACCGUUUUGGGAAAUGAUAGUUACAAGAAAGGCUCCAAAAUGAAUUAUCACUCAGCGGUUGCCAAAUUCUUCCGCAAAGAGAAGAAUAUUAAGAAAAAGCCGUCGAUGAUGUCAAUUUCUGAAAACGAAUUUCAGAUUUUAAAACGGACAAUUCAAGAGAAGAAUGAAGAACUGAAACUCAAAGAAGAUACUAUAUUUAAGUUGAAACAGGAAUUGGAAGAUAAAGAAGCCACUAUUAAGUAUCUCCAAAAUGAAAUUGAUAAGUUUAGACAAGUGGUAAAGCCUAUCACGAAACAGAUAAUCACCAAGAAAUUGACGUUACAAGACGACGAGGAAGAUACAGAUUCUGAUAACGAAAAACCAGCGUUGCCAGCUACUGUUGGUCAAGAAAGACAAAAAAGACAAGCCAUCAGCGCAGAACCACUAAACGGUCACGAAAAUUUAUCUAAAAUAUUAAAAAUUCCUAAAUCAGUCAAAUCAAGAGAGUUGAUAAAGGCAGCAAUUCUGGAUAAUGAUUUCAUGAAAAAUUUGGAGUUGACCCAAAUACGUGAAAUCGUGGAUUGCAUGUACCCGGAAGCAUACAAGGCAGGGAGCAUCAUAAUCAGAGAGGGCGAUGUCGGAAGUAUCGUCUACGUUUUAGAAGGUAAGAAUUGAAAAACGUUUUGUUAAUGUUU